GAGCUGAUUGUAUCAGUCUAUUAUAUGUCGGCUUGUUCACAUAAAUAAAAAAGGUAUCUUUGCUUUUGCGUUUGCUUCUGUUUCGGUCUCUGAUUUCUCGCUGAUAAGUCAGUUUUCCGUCUGGUCCUUAUUGAUCCUAAAUGAAAUGGGAAAUUUACCCUUUUUUGUUUAAAUGAAUUAUAAAGUGGAAAUUUGGAUUCCCUUUCACCAAACAUUCUGAUUCUUUCCUUUUUUUAUUUUUGGGUUCUUUGAGUUUGAUCUUUAUUGAGAUGUGGUAGAAGAGGAAAUAGCUGAGAAAGGAAAUUUUUUUAGUUUCGUGGGUAAUUUAAGUGCCAGUUGGUUGGUUAUUUGAGGUUUGAUUUCUUGGAUUGUAUGGGAUUUUUUAAAAAAAUUCUCUUUUAAGCAGUUAAGCUGAUUCCUUUAAGUGAAAUGAUCCUGCAAUUAUUGGCAAUGGUUUUGGAGCUAAAGCCGGUUUAUGUUGGAAAAAAAUUGACGUUUGGUGUAGAGGUAUAUGGUUAAUAUCUGUGUGGAAGAGAACAAGUGAUUGGAUUUGCUGAAGGAGCAAUUUAUACUAUUCAUACUCUGCAAAAAUGAAGGUUCCUCCAAAUGGGUUUAUGGCUAAUUCUGCAGAAGGAGAAAGGAAGAAUAUUAAUUCGGAGUUAUGGCAUGCUUGUGCGGGGCCAUUGGUCUCUCUGCCUCCAGUUGGAAGUCUUGUUGUUUACUUCCCUCAAGGCCACAGUGAGCAAGUUGCAGCAUCAAUGCAAAAGGAGACUGAUUUCAUACCGAACUAUCCCAACCUUCCUUCCAAGUUGAUUUGCAUGCUUCAUAAUGUCACAUUGCAUGCUGAUGUAGAAACUGAUGAGGUCUAUGCUCAGAUGACCCUUCAACCCGUAAGCAAAUAUGACAAGGAAGCAUUACUGGCUUCUGAAAUGGGCCUCAAGCAAAGCAGGCAACCUACUGAAUUCUUCUGCAAAACUCUUACAGCUAGUGACACAAGCACACAUGGUGGAUUCUCUGUUCCUCGACGAGCAGCUGAGAAGAUUUUCCCACCACUGGACUAUUCAAUGCAACCACCUGCACUGGAGUUGGUAGCCAAAGAUCUACAUGACAAUACAUGGACAUUUAGACAUAUUUAUCGCGGUCAGCCGAAAAGACAUCUACUGACUACAGGUUGGAGUGUCUUUGUGAGCACAAAAAGACUAUUUGCUGGUGAUUCUGUUCUAUUCAUAAGAGAUGAAAAGUCACAGCUUCUCUUGGGUAUAAGGCAUGCUAAUAAACAACAGCCAGCACUUUCUUCAUCAGUCAUAUCCAGUGACAGCAUGCAUAUUGGAAUUCUUGCUGCUGCAGCUCAUGCUGCCGCUAAUAACAGCCCGUUUACUGUAUUUUACAAUCCAAGGGCAAGCCCUUCUGAGUUUGUGAUUCCUUUCGCCAAGUAUAAUAAAGCAAUGUAUACACAAGUUUCACUGGGCAUGAGAUUCAGAAUGAUGUUUGAGACCGAGGAUUCAGGAGUUCGUAGAUACAUGGGCACAAUCACUGGCAUCAGUGAUUUGGAUCCAGUGCGAUGGAAAAAAUCACAGUGGCGCAAUCUUCAGGUUGGAUGGGAUGAAUCAACUGCUGGUGAACGGCCAAGCCGAGUUGGAAUUUGGGAGAUUGAGCCUGUAGUAACUCCUUUCUACAUUUGCCCCCCACCAUUUUUCAGACCCAAGUUCCCUAAACAGCCAGGGAUGCUAGAUGAUGAGUCUGACAUUGAGAAUGCUUUUAAAAGAGCCAUGCCUUGGCUUGGAGAUGACUUUGGAAUGAAAGAUACCCCAAGCUCGAUUUUCCCUGGUUUGAGUUUAGUUCAGUGGAUGAGCAUGCAACAAAAUAAUCAAUUUCCAGCUACUCAAGCAGGAUACUUCCCAUCCAUGCUUCCUUCUAAUGCCUUGCAUAAUAACGUUAGCACCGAUGAUCCCUCAAAGUUACUGAAUUUUCAAGCCCCUGGCCUGUCCGUACCAAGUAUCCAGUUCAACAAAGCAAAUCCACAAAACCAAGUUGGCCAGCUGCCACAGCCAUCUACCACAUGGACCCAACAGCAGCAACUGCAGCAAUUAUUGCAGGCCAAUAUCAGCCAACAGCAGCCAGCUCAGCCUCAACAGCUGCAGCAGCAGCCUCAUCCCCAACAACAACAGCAGAGGCAGCAACCACAACCACCACAGCAACAGCAAUUGAGCCAGCAGCAGCAGCAGCCGCAGCCACAACCACAACCACAACCACAGCCGCAGCCACAGCCUCGACAAAUACGACAACAGCCUCCACAAUUACAACAGCAGCAGCAGCAGCACAUAUUCCAACCUCUUGUAAAUAAUGGUAGUGUUACCCCUAGCCAAAUUUCAAAUCAAAAUUUGCAGCAACAGAUGGUAUACUCUCAGGUUCAACAGCAGCAGCAGCUACUAGCAAGCAAUACCCAAUCCCAAAAUAUCCCCCCUGCUAAUAAGAGUUCGUAUCAGCUGACCUCUUUGCCACAGGAUACUCCGUUCCAGCAACAAAUGGAGCAGCAAUCUAGCCUCCUGCAGAGGCACCAGCAGCAGACACAAUUGCAACAGUCCCCACUGCAGCUGUUGCAACAAAACCUGUCACAGAGAACACAACCACAACCACCGCCACAGCCACAAGUGCAACAACUAUCACAACCCAGCCUCUCUGAGCAGCAGCUUCAAUUGCAAUUGCUGCAGAAAUUGCAGCAACAACAGCAGCAGCAGCAAUUGCUUUCCCCUACGAGCUCACCUUUGCAGCCUCAGCUAUUGCAACAACAGCAGAACCAUCAACAAAACCAGCACUUCCAGCAGUCGCCUCUUUCACAGAGUCAGCCACUCAGUAGCAAUAGCUUCUCAACAGCAGCACUCAUGCAAUCUCAAUCCUUUCCCGUGUAUCAUUCCCGUGUGCUACAGAAGUCACCUACAACAAUUAGAGCCCAUUCCACUCUUACAGAUGGAGAUGCUCCAUCUUGUUCAACCUCACCCUCCACUGAUAACUGCCAAAUUUCCCCAUCAAAUUUUCUGAACAGAAACCAAGAAUCACCGGCUGUAUUACUGGGGGACCCGGUGAUUGAGCGUGCAACUAAUCUAGUUCAGGAGCUUAAUAGCAAGUCUGAUAUUCAAGUUAAACAUGAGUUUCCCAGUUCAAAAGGAUUAGACCAACUAAAAUACAAAGGUGCAAUGACUGAUCAAUUGGAAAUUACUUCUUCUGGAACAUCAUAUUGCCUGGACGCUGGUAACAGCCAACAAAAUUUCUCGCUCCCUACCUUUGGUUUGGAUGGUGAUGUCCAAUCACAUCCUAGGAUCAGUCUACCUUUUGCAACUAAUAUUGAUAGCUUGGCACCUGACACUUUGUUGUCAAGGGGAUAUGACUCCCAAAAAGAUCUUCAAAACUUGCUAACUAAUUAUGGUGGGACUCCUAGAGAUGUUGAGACAGAGUUGUCCACUGCUGCGAUAAGCUCUCAAUCAUUUGGAGUGCCAAACAUACCCUUCAAGCCUGGAUGUUCCAAUGAUGUUGCAAUAAAUGAUUCUGGUGUUUUGAAUGGUGGAUUGUGGGCUAACCAGACUCAACGCAUGCGUACAUAUACAAAGGUUCAAAAGCGUGGCUCUGUUGGAAGAUCUAUUGAUGUGACCCGUUAUAAAGGGUAUGGUGAGCUUAGACAUGAUCUGGCCCGCAUGUUUGGUAUUGAAGGGCAACUAGAAGAUCCACAAAGUUCUGACUGGAAGUUAGUUUACGUGGAUCACGAAAAUGACAUACUUCUUGUUGGAGAUGACCCUUGGGAGGAGUUUGUAAGCUGUGUUCAGAGCAUAAAGAUAUUGUCAUCUGCCGAAGUGCAGCAAAUGAGUUUGGAUGGAGAUCUUGGUAGUCUGCCAGUUCCCAAUCAAGCCUGCAGUGGGACUGACAGUGGAAAUGCAUGGAGAGGGCACUAUGAUGAUAACUCGGCUGCCUCAUUUAAUAGAUAAGAGUUCCAGAUUGAGAUGGAAGCUGUUAAUGGACUUGACAUUAUGGUUUCCUUGACCCUCUAGCAGGGCAGUUGCCACUGUCAUAGCACCUAUUGAGGUGAAACAGGUCGAGCUUCCUUCAGGUACUCUUAUAACAAAAGGGAAUUUUUGGAUCAGAUCUCUACACCAUAUGCUGCUGGAAGUUGAGCUCUUUCUGAUGUAUUGGCAUUAGGUUGUUACAUGGCAGCUGUGAUAUCUUUUCUUGCAACAGUUUGGUGACAUGCAAGAGGAAGUAGGAUUUUGAAGUACAGUGUAAAGCGAGAACAAAAGGAUGAGAUGUAUGAUAUGAUCUUUUACCUAAUUUGAAGUUCAAUCUGACAAACAAUUCCAUAUAUAAAUGCUAUGAUGGAGAGAGUAAUUUCGCUGAUUCUGUUCA